AUGGCGAACACGAUAUAUUUUGCCAAGUUCCACUCGCUGCCAACUACUAUCUCUAGCCACCUUUUUUCGAGUGAAAACGACUCUUUUCUAGAAUAUACUGUCCCUCCGGAGAAGGGCCCGUCUCCGACGUCUCUCACUGAGCGGCAUCUCGACCGUGGGGAAAGGAUGCAUGCACUCCAGGCUGUGGAGCGGGACGGUGUCAUGCUAAGCAAACAUGUCGGCGAAGGCGAGACUGGCGGGGAGUCUCCGAGACAGCAAGGAGAUCAUUACGUGCUUGAGCAGUGUCACUCUCACCCGCUGCGUGCGCCUCUUGCCCCCCUGCCUCCAGGUGCGUAUCCCGCCAAGUUGCUCGCGCAGGUUUUCAUGCGUGAACGCUUGUUCUGCGGCAACCGCUGCCUCUGUAUCCCGGACCCUGGCGUUCUGGUGUGCACCGUCAUCCUCCUCAUCACUCCAGCCGUCGUCUUCUAUCAAACUGUGAUACCUUGUCUUCCCCCUCAGACGCAGCUUCCGGCGGGCUGCGGCUUCGGGUUUCUCCUCGCAGGCGCUCUUGGCACGCUCGUCUCUGUCGCCUUCAGCGAUCCAGGAAUCUUGCCUCGAAACCGUUGCCCAGCGGAGAUACCCGUAGGCCCCUCGCGCGUCAAGUUCGUCGUGAUCAACGGCAUCAGCGUCCCGCAGAAGUGGUGCACGACUUGCUGCUUGUACCGGCCGCCGCGGACAAAGCACUGUUCGGUCUGCAACACCUGCGUGCGCCGCUUCGACCACCACUGUCCGUGGGUUUCGAAUUGCAUCGGACAAAGGAACUACCGCGUCUUCUUUUUCUUUGUCCUCUUCUGCGCCCUCUACGCUCUUGCUGGCGCUAUCGCGGCUGGCGUGACUCUAUCUGUGCAGAUUCAAAAUUGGGGCAUGGGCUUCAGCGGCGCGGCGAUCUGGAGAGCAGGAAAAGAGUGCCCUCAGCUUGCAGGGCUGUUCGUCUACAGCGUAUGCGCCGCUAUUCCUCUCGUCCAUCUCUUCUUCUUUAAUGUGUACCUAGUGGCAAACAAUCUGACAACUAACGAGGAGGUGCUACAGCUGUUUUCGGAAAGGAACCCCUACUCUUCGGGCUGCGCCGCCAAUUUGUACUACUUCCUCUCGCACCCAGUGGAGCCCAGGUAUCCAAUAACACUAUCUCCGCGGCUGUUUCCAUAUUAG